UUUUUUUUUUCUUCCCUGAUUGCCAAUUUUCAGAUCAUUUAUUCAUUAUAAAGAUGAAUCAUAGAGAAGAUGAUGAUUCACAUAAGAAUUAUAUCAAUGAUAAUGAAUUGACAGUUGUAGCAUCACCCUUUUCUCAUCAUCAACUAUCAUCAGAGUCACACGAUUUAGAAAAAUUAUCCACUAUCAAUACUGUACAUCAUCAUAUUGAAAGUGGGGGUCAUCAUGUCGAAAGAUUAGAUACUACUAUAACAAAUGUGGAUGUAGCCAGUGUUAUAGAGCCUAUAGAUGUAGAAUAUUAUGAUGAUAUACCAGAUGGUGGUUAUGGUUGGUUUGUAGCCAUUGCUGGAUUCUUAUUAAAUUUCAUCAUGUUUGGUACUGCUUCGAUUUGGGGCGUAUUUUCAAAAGCUUAUGCUACUGGUAUCUUGGAAGGAAAAACAACUACUGUUGCACUUAUGGGCGUUGGGUCCACUUCAUUAGCUUGUCUUAAUCUUAUGACACCAUUCAAUCCAAUGUUGGCUCGUUUUGGUAUUCAUGUUGUUAUGGUUAUUGGAAGUGUCCUCAUGUCUUUAGGUAUUAUCCUUGCUGGUUUCAGUUAUGAAAUAUGGCAUUUAUAUUUGACUCAAGGGGUUCUUUUUGGUUUUGGUGCAUCUUUGGUUUAUAUGUCUGUUGUCGCGGUGAUUCCUCAAUGGUUUACUACAAAGAGAGGUGCUGCUAUGGGUAUUGCGAGUGCUGGUACUGGUAUUGGUGGUUUAUCUCUUAGUCCUAUGGCAAGUUCUUUGAUCGCAAAAUAUGGAAUUGCUUGGGCUUAUCGAAUCAUUGGACUUAUGGCAUUUGGUAUUUGUAUGGUUGCAACAGCAUUGAUUAGGACUCGUAUACCUAAACCUCCUAUGAAUCAAAAGAUCAAGUCACCUAUCAAAUUAUAUAUGUUAAAAGAUAUUAACUUUGUGAUUUGGUUAUUUGGUGUUGUGAUUUCUCUUGCCGGUUAUUUUGUUCCAUUAUAUUAUCUGCCUAAAUAUGGUGCAUCGAUUGGUUUGGAUGAUUCUACAACAUCUAAUUUGUUAGGUAUUGCUUGUGCUUUGAAUGCGGUUGGACGUAUUGUUCUUGGUUGGGUAGCUGAUAGAAUUGGACGAUUGAAUAUGUACAUUAUCUCAUGCACAGUAGCUGGAUUACUGUGUUGUAUUUUAUGGAAAUUUGCCACAAGUUACCAUACAUUAUUGGCGUUUUCUAUCACCUGGGGUUUCGUCUGUGGUUUAUAUUUUGCAUUGGCACCUCCUAUUACUGGUACUAUUGUUGGUAUUGAAAAGAUCUCACCUGGACUUUCUAUAUUAUUUGUGGCUAGUUCUAUUGCUUCCGUUGGUCCUCCUAUUGCCUCUGCUAUUCAAAGUUCUACUCCUGGAGAAAGUUAUAUUGGUGUCCAAAUGUUUUCUGGUGCUAUUUAUCUUUUUGGUGCUUUGAUUUGUUUUGGUCUCAAAAUCAAAAUGACGAAAUCUAUCUUUUCUUUUAUUUAGUUCUCUAUAUAUCUUUGUCUCUCCUCCCUAUUUAUUAUUAUUAUUAUUACUACUACUAUUACUAUUUAUCUUUUUACAUUCUUCAUUGAUACAUUUAUACAUACAUAUAUAUAUAUAUAUAUAUUAUUACCC